GCAAAGAAGUAUAUGACAGGCUGGUUCGCACUGGACGCCAUUGCAGCAAUCCCAUGGUCUUGGAUUGGAGACAGCACGGCAGCGCAGAUGACGCGAAGCUUGAAAGUGGUCCGCCUGGUGCGCCUGGCACGCCUGCUGCGGCUGGCGAAGCUGCGGCAGAUCACCGAGGCCGCCGAAAUGUUCAUGGAGGGCAAGUACCUGGCUGAGCUGAUCAUGGGCUUCGGCAAGGUGCUUCUGCUCCUCUGCGCCGUGGCCCAUUGGUGCGCCUGCUUCUGGCAUGCCGUGGGCAACGAGGAA